UUGGGGUGGGUUUCCAAUAUGGCGCAGAUGUAAACGAAAUCCCGAGACAGGAAACACGUCGAUUACUCCUGCUAAAAAUACCAACCCAUUGCCAUGAUUAGAGAUGGAAACAGCUGAGGAUGCCCUGGCUUGUGAAGAUACCGCUUGCUCUGAGCCAAGCGUCAACGAUGCAUCAAAUUUGAGUUUAUCCCCUCUCAACAGAAGCGUCUCUGCCAGGUCGCCGAAAUCCGAUCGUAAGAGGAAAGUCUCUUUCCCCGAUGACCACGCGCUGCCGUUAUUUCACAGCCAAGAACCAAAGGACCCAUGGCAGGAUGGUGGAAAAGCUACAAGUUCAGAAGUUAUUGAAUCAUACCGUACAGCAUGUAAUAUAAGUAAAACAAAACCAUGUGAUAAGCUGAUAAAACAGCUCGAGGCUUGUGAAAGCUUUCACGAAAGAAUUGAUGUUAUCGAUUUGAGAGGUACCAAGCUGGACCAGAAAUCCUGUGAGUCGCUAGAGGAAGUUUUCCGGCAAGUCAGGACCAGGACUUUGGACCUAGAGAACACUAAUCUUGAUGAUGAGGGUGUGAUAUCAUUGCUUGAAAUGGUUGAGUUUUACCACACAGCUAAUCGCAUCAAUCUAGCAUACAACAACAAGAUCAAGAUACGAGGAUGGCAGGCUAUUGCAAGGGCUGUCAAACUUACACCCUGCUUGGAAUACCUGGACUUGCGGCACACUGUCUGGACAGAGCAGUCUAUACCUCUAUUGGGCAGGUCCCUGAAGCUUGGCUGCAACCUCGUAGUGCUUCAUAUGGAGGCAACAAACCUCACAGGAAAACCUCUUUUUUUGCUUGCAACUGCAGUAAAAACAAACCACAACUUGCGUGACCUGUUUCUGGGCGAUAACCGAUUAGUCCCGUCUGACGGCCAGUGCCUCGGCACCAUGUUGAAGUCCAACAAGACCUUGCGCCUUCUAGACCUCCGCAAUAACCAGCUACAAGACAUGGGUCUGGCACACCUGUGUGAGGGCCUUGUGGAGCAGAGAGAUGGGGGUUUACAGACCCUUGUGCUCUGGAACAACCAGUUGACCUUCCAGGGCAUGAGUGCUCUUGCAAAUGCACUUGUGGCGUUGACAUCUUUGCAAACCUUGAACCUUGGCCACAAUCGACUGACCAACGAAGGUAUUCACCUUCUGAAGAGUGGGCUCCUGGGUAACAAAUCCCUCCAAAGGGUGGGUCUACUGAACACGCGGCUUUCCAGUGAGGGGAUCAUUGCUCUUGCCGAGGUUGUUGCUGACAGCAAGACGCUGCUGAGACUGGACUUGCGAGAGAAUGACCCGUAUGUUGGCGGUCUGAUGGCUCUUGCACUAUCGCUAAAGGUCAACAACAGUCUGGUCCGGAUAGACCUUGACAAAGAACUCAAAAAAGAGCCGGGUAUGGAGACCACCCAGCGAAUAUUAUUAGCGGAUAUUUACGGUUAUUGUCAACGCAAUAAAUCGCUCGCAAAGGACCAAGAGUCGGACCCAGCCCCCGGGGCUAGCAGCCCAACUACGUCACAAAGCUCCGUAUCGGAGCCCACCCCUGCUUCUAAACCAAAGUCAUCGGGGACGAGUCUACUUUCAUUCCCGAGCACGAACUCUUCGCCGAAGCCUGUAAUCAGGAAUUUGGUACGUGACUUUUUCCCUCGCGUUUCACGCUUCACGAUAACGCGAAUCAUGGAGGAUACGAGUACGAGUAACGAGGCAAGUGCGAGUCCCGGGACGGACCCGUUACUCGCGAAUGUAGGCUGUACGCCGCCGAACUGGACUAGUAGUAAUCCGGGUGCUGUGCCCGGCGUAACGGAACAGUUGUCCGAUAUCAAACUAGUGGACAUCGAUUCGGACACUAGUGCAAGCUCGCAACCGUCGUCUGACGUAAAAUUACUGGACAUUGAUUCGGAUACUAGUGGCAGUCCGACACGCUUAUCCGACGUCAAUUUACUGGACAUUGAUUCGAACGCUAGUGGCAGUCCGACACGCUUAUCCGACGUCAAUUUACUGGACAUUGAUUCGGACGCUAGUGGCAGUCCCGAACGGGUGGAGCCUUUUGUAUUUGAUAAUGAUCACUUUGCGAUCGGAAGAAGAGAAAGCCUCGAUUCAUUGGGGACGCCAAUCUCACGAGACUGCGACGACGAUACAGCAUCUUACGAAGAGCAUUCUGCCCAUCCAUUUGAGAGGGAAUUGGACGAAAUGUUGGCAAGCGUGACUAGCAGUCAACAUACUUGCGUUACAAGUAACGCAACAGACGCAACCAGUCACGUUGCUGAGUUUACGAAUCACACGGAGGAUGUUUGCGAUCAAUCUACUUCGGACUGCGACGUGGACAAUAGUAGUCACACAACUGAGGUCACAAACUGCGUCACAGAUGUUACCAGUCACGCAAUCAGCGAAGCUAACCAUGUAUCAGCUGUCACGAUUAACGCGACCGAUGUCACCGGUAACACAAUUGAUGUCACGAAGAAUUCGUUGGACGAUGGAUUUUGGAAAGAACAGCUUGACGGUCUUCGCAAAAAUGCAAAUGUCAACUCUAGCCCACCCUCCUCGGGGGAUCUGUUGUUCUGUGAAUAACAAGGACCGGUUCGGCAUGGGACCUAGUGGAAAGCGUGACCAAAGGUAGAAGCUCUGCGUAGCAUUGCGUUACCACUCUUAGUGGAAAGCGCUGGACUAACAUGCUGUAUAGAUAAUUUAUUAACAGGUAAUUUUAUAUGGUAAAAUUGAUGAGAAGCAAUAGUGUGUCAACAAUUAUGUAGUUGAGAUAAUUUUCAUCUCAACUUGCGAAGAACUUAAUCCCGUCACUUAAUAAAUUUGAAGGAGUCCGCCACACUGCUGUAUAAAAAAUUAUAAGCCCCGCCUGACUUGGUCAAGUGGCUACAAUCUGUGUAAUUUUAACGGUUUGAUAUUAAGGGAUUUAAUAUCAAGUUAGUGACGUCACAAUGCUAAUGGCGUCGUAGAAUUCCCGUGAUGCUGGAGGGUCGCCUCAAUACGCUUUCGUUUCGCGAUCACUUUUUUACUCAACUGUUUUUAAUGUCUAACUGUUAUGAAUCGGCCCUCCUUGUGAAGAGGGUAGGUUAAGUGUUUAGCAGAGAGGAGUCGUAUAGUUAAGUUUGUUAGCCUGUAAAGUUAAUGACAAUAGACACCACCCUUUGUAUGUUGGUGCGGUAAUGUAACCAGAAGAUGAAACACUUAGCCUUGUUUGGCAUCAAUGCAAUUACGCCUACCAGCAAAAUAUGGUAUUCUUAGCUUUGUUUCCAUUUGUUCAUUUGUAUUGUCGAAGUUAAGUAAGCUUUCACUUAUACUUACAGUUAUUCGCAUUAUUCGAGUCUAACAGAAUUUGUUGAGUGCUCACUUUUUCAAAGCUUUAUGAGCCAAAUUUACGGAAAUUGCUUGCGCGAUCUUGACAACGAAGUAGAUAGUAUAUAGUCAGGACCAUCAAAUUCCACUGAGAGAUAGCGAUCCACCAAUCACAGUGUUCCCAUGCUCAUUUCACUGACACUUUGAAACAGUCUAAUCUUUCCUAUUGGUUUAGCAAAUUUAUUUCUUGGCAUUCUUUUUUAUUCGAACUUCGAUUGAUUGUUUAGCUUGGGCCGAUUUUUGUAUGCUAGCUAUAAUGAGUAAACUUAGUCAUAGAAAAAGACAAGAGUUAACUAAUCGUAGCAGGUGGUUUUGUAAGAGUCUACAGUAGAAAUGAUUUUCAACAACAAAUUUGGUUGUUAUAUAGUAAUUAUGUUUUAAUUGGUGUAUGGUAUAUGAGGGCGUAUGGCAAUUUUCAAAAUAAAAUGAAAUCAUACUUGCGG